UCUGAUAACAUUGCAACACACAAUCCAUUCUCUCUGUUCUCUAUCGACCUCACUUUCUUUCUUACACAGCCCAGACUUUAUCCUUCUUCAUUUUAAAUAUUAUCUUGAUAGCUCACACAACUUCUCUGCCCCUCUACACUUAACCUGGAAAACACCAAAUCGUGUAAAACUCUGAAUUUGAUUUCUCCUGCCACUUGACUUAAGCAGAUGAAUUUUAAAAAAUCAAUUUUCUUGCCUACUUCAUAGAAGAUAUUACGUGCAAUCUGGCACAUGAACACUAUCCACCUCUUAUUAUGACACAUCAAUAAUUUGAUCUAAAUCUGAACAUAACUCCAACUCUCUCCUUCAACUUUCAAAGGAUUUGAUGCUGAUUCAUUUCAAAACAAAAGAAUAAACAUCAAAUUAGGGACUUCUUAUAAAUAACCCUGGGGAAAGGAGGCAAGAUACAUAGUCCAGCUCAAGACCAGGAGCCACAACUGUUAGUUUUCACCCAGAAAACAAGGGUCAAUAGAAAUGAAGCUGCUUCUUUGGGCCUGCAUUGUGAGCGUGGCUUUUGCAAGGAGGAGGCGGUUACCCUUCUUUGGUGAGAGAUUUCAAUCAUCCAGUGAAGAGGAUUACAAUGGCAAUUAUUACCCACUUAAUCCAUCUCUGAAUGUUCCUUAUGGCCCAAGGAAUUCGCAACCUCCUUUUUAUGCACCAAUGAAUACAAUCCCCAAUUACCCUGGGAAUCCUGACACUGAGACAAGAGUACCUCCAUAUCCCUGGAUUCUCACUUCUUCUGGAGGACCAUCCUAUGUCCCCAACAUCCCUGGCUCUCCUUCAGCUACUCAGUUGACCAGUGCUUUCCCUCCUCAGCCUCCUUCUGGGGUUCUUCUCUUUGUCCCUCCUUCAAGCAUUUAUAUAGCAUCUGCAGGACCUUUUACCCUACCUGAUGCAGCUGCACCUGAUGCAGCAGCACCUGUUGCACCUGAUGCAGCUGCACCUUUUAUCCCACCUGCUGCAGCCGCACCUGUUGCACCAGAUGCACCUUUACCUUUUAUCCCACCUGCUGCAGCCGCAUCUGUUGCACCUGAUGCAGCUCCACCUUUUAUCCCACCUGCUGCAGCCGCAUCUGUUGCACCUGAUGCAGCUGCACCUUUUAUCCCACCUGCUGCAGCCGCACCUGUUGCACCUGAUGCAGCUGCAACUGUGGCCCCACCUGCUGCAGCUGCACCUGUUGCACCUGCUGCAGCUGCACCUGUUGCCCCACCUGAUGCAGCUGCACCUGCUGCACCUUUUAUCCCACCUGUUGCACCUGCUGCAGCUGCACCUGUUGCCCCACCUGCUGCAGCUACACCUGCUGCAGCUGCACGUGCUGCACCUGUUGCCCCACCUGCUGCAGCCGCACCUGCUGCAGCCUCACCUGCUACCCCUGAUGUAGCUGCACCUGCUGUAGCCGCACCUGCUGCAGCCGCACCUGUUGCACCUGAUACAGCUGCACCUGUUGCCCCACCUGCUGCAGCUGCACCUGCUGCAGCCGCACCUGUUGCAGCUGAGCCCCUUACAGUCAAACCUAUUACAGUUCAGCUUCCUGUAAAUGAGCCCAGUGAUGCUGAGGCUAAGCCUGCUGCCCCCAAACCUCAGCCUUCUUCUCUUAACAAGGUAAAGAAAUGAAAUUUCCUAGAGAAGAGAGUACCAUGCUUUCAUUUUGAUACUGGUGCAUAAAUCAGUUAAAUCUACAAACAUUUUCUUUCUUUUCUGAAGACUAUUUCACUCAGUUAAAUUAAAGCUAUCAGUCUCACCUCA